AUGUCAUACAGCACUCGCCGCAGCACUUCAAAGACCGCUCCAGUCGAAGAGCCAGUCGAAGAAAAGAAGAAAGAUCAAGAGAUGGAAUCGGAGGAUGAGAAGGAAGUCGUCGAAUUGGAGGACGAAGACGACGAGGAUUCAACGCCACCAGUACUCCAGUUGGAGUCUCCAACUCAGGAGGAAAAGAAAGAUGAAAAGAAAAAAGAAGAGGCAUCCGAUCUGGCGACCGUACUUCGAAACUGCUUCGGAUCGCUGAUGGAUAAGAAAAAGAAAAAGGAUAAGGAAGAGGAUGUGACAGAUCCAUUCCCAAAGGAUGUCGAUCCACUCGCCCUGCUCAACAAACAGCAGGCAGGUCCAUCCCGCGCCGCUCAGAUUGCCCACGCUGCGAAAGUUGGAAAAGGACCACAACGUCACCUCCAACCGCGCUCCUACCCGGUCCCGAUUGCCCCGGCUCGAUUCGUCGUGGGCUCCAACACCACCAAGGGACCCGCGCGUCUUCUGGAAAACCGGAAGAGGGAGAUGGGGUUGGCUGGAUUGAGACCACCACCAAUGGUCGUCAAGAAGGCCACCCCGUUGGCGACCUAUAAUGGAGGUCAACCGGGACAAAAGUUCGGAAGACCGUCGACGUCUUCUGGCUCUUCCGGAGACUCGGUGUCUCCAAGAUCGUCCCCACCAGCCAUCGUCGACAUUCAAAAAAUGUUGGGUGCAACGCCACCGGUGAAACUGGAGAUGAAAAGAGACGGAUGCCACGAGAGCGAGAAGAAGAAGGAGUUCGAAGAGCUCCAAAAGGAAACAUUGUCUCGAGUCACCAAAGACUCGAGCAAUCACACCGUGCUCCUUGGGACGAUGGUGCUCAAUGGACUGAACCAGCUCAAGGAGCGCGGCGGAGAGGACUACCGCGCCUUCUCAAAGGAGGUUUUUGGGCUGCUCCAGAAGUACAAGAUCCAAUAG